AUGAGGUCUUGUCAGGAGGUGGUGGGUCGCUGGGCGGCGCAGCAGGAGAAGGAGUUGAAGCUGCUUGCUCGAACAGACGGGAGCCGACUGUUCUCCAACUUGACGAGGGGAAACCAUUACCUGGUUCAGGCGGAGGGAUACCUGAACAACUCGGGCUCGGGACAGACCAGCGAGAUGGCCCUGAUAUGGAACAGAACAUUACCUGGAGGGAGUGAGAUCUCCUUCCUGUUCCUGGAGCCGUACCGCUCGGGGUCCUGCUCAGCGUACAUGUCCUGCCUGGCCUGUCUGUCCGACCAGUCCUGUGGCUGGUGUCCCUCCUUGUCCCGCUGCCUGCUGCGAGACGCCCCGGACAUCGAGCCCUGCCCUGAGGGGGAGAAGGGGGAAGGCAGAGGAGAUGGUGAGCGCCAUCUGCUGCUGGCACCGCAGCACUGCACCCUGUGUGAGGAGUACAGAGACUGCUCUGCUUGCACUCAGGAUACUUUUUGUGAGUGGCAGAUAAACUCCAGCAAGAAAGGCGACUACCAGUGCAGCCGACGGGGCCGACUAGAUGGAUCCAUACGGGACCCAAGGGUGUGUCCUAAAGUCUGCAACCAGAGGAGGUCGUGUGGUGAGUGCCUCUCUAACUCCAGCCAGUAUUGGACGACCGGCCCCCACUGUGAGGACUGUCGCCCGGGCAGCUUUGGAUCGGCGCUGUCUGGAGGCGAGGGCUGUGUGCAGUGUGAGUGUAACGGCCACGGUCACCCUGUGCGAGGAUACUGUCACAACCAGACCGGCCAGUGCUACUGUACCCACAACACGCAGGGGCCGCACUGUGAGUCCUGCCUGCCCGGAUACUACGGAGACCCCAGGAACAAUGGCACCUGCUACCGUCAGUGCCAGGGCCGCUCGGUGCUGCUCUCCUCCACCUCCUCCUCCGCCAUGCCUCUCUCCUCCUCUCUGGGAUGGCGUAGUGGCACAGAGGGCAAAGGAGGGCUUUCUCACUGCCUGUGGGUCCUGUCUGUGACGGAGAACCUGGCUCCAUGUCUACCCAGACAGCUGUGCCCCCCUGUGGCCCUCACACUACACCCUGACUCCCACACGCAUUGUAAAAGCUCUUUUGUCUAUGUGUUUGACGGCCUCCCUCGUUUCCUGCCCAAUGGAGUCGUACAUUCAGAUCACAACCUGAUUGGUGCAUUUUGUGGCACCACCAGGACUGAGCCUAUCACAGUGGAGGCCACCUCAGGCGUGAUCUCCGUCUACUUUGAGGCCAACGUCUCCUCGAACAAACCUCAAGGCUUCAACGCGUCUUUCUGGGUGCGGCGCUGCCAGCAGAGCUCUGAUGGCGGAGAAGAGGGGUCUCCUGUGUGUCCGGGGGGUGCCGUGUGCCAGGAGGGGCUCUGCCAGUGCCCGCAGGGAUUCGGAGGACCCCACUGCGACCGGCCCAUGUGCCCUCAGGACUGUGGAGUAGCAGAAGGACGAGGAGCGUGUAAUAUA